AGAUGGCUGAGGAGACGCUUGAGUCGAAAAUUCAAUAUUCUGCAUCUGCUGAAUCUCAAAAACCCAGGCAGAAAAAAGUCAUAAUAUGCUCUCUAGUCCCAGACUUUCCUAUUUUGGAGAAGCAGAACUGGUUGAUACAUCUCCACUAUAUCCGGAAGGAUUAUGAAGCAUGCAAGGCCAUUAUCAAAGAACAGCUUCAGGAGACUCAGGGGUUGUGUGAGUAUGCUAUCUAUGUCCAAGCAUUGAUAUUUCGCCUGGAAGGAAACAUUCAGGAAUCCCUAGAACUCUUUCAGACAUGUGCGAUUCUUAACCCUCAGUGUGCUGAUAACCUCAAGCAGGUGGCCAGAUCUUUAUUUCUUUUGGGAAAACAUAAAGCUGCCACUGAAGUGUAUAAUGAAGCAGCUAAACUGAACCAGAAAGAUUGGGAAAUCUGCCAUAACCUAGGAGUUUGCUACAUUUAUCUGAAGCAGUUCAAUAAGGCACAAGAUCAGCUGCACAAUGCCCUACAGCUUAACAGGCAUGAUCUGACUUACACAAUGCUGGGGAAGAUUCACUUGCUGGAGGGAGACUUGGACAAGGCCAUAGAAAUCUACAAGAAAGCAGUGGAGUUCUCACCAGAAAACACAGAACUUCUUACAACUUUAGGGUUGCUGUAUUUACAGCUUGGUGUUUACCAGAAGGCAUUUGAACAUCUUGGAAAUGCACUGACUUAUGACCCCACCAACUAUAAGGCCAUCUUGGCAGCAGGCAGCAUGAUGCAGACCCAUGGGGACUUUGAUGUUGCCCUCACCAAAUACAGAGUUGUAGCUUGUGCUGUUCCAGAAAGUCCUCCACUCUGGAAUAAUAUUGGAAUGUGUUUCUUUGGCAAGAAGAAAUAUGUGGCAGCUAUCAGCUGCCUGAAAAGAGCCAACUAUUUGGCACCCUUCGAUUGGAAGAUCCUGUAUAAUUUGGGCCUUGUCCAUUUGACCAUGCAGCAGUAUGCAUCAGCUUUCCAUUUCCUCAGUGCAGCCAUCAACUUCCAGCCAAAGAUGGGGGAGCUCUACAUGCUCUUGGCUGUGGCUCUGACCAAUCUGGAAGAUACAGAGAAUGCCAAGAGAGCCUAUGCAGAAGCAGUUCGCCUGGAUAAGUGUAACCCUUUAGUAAACCUGAACUAUGCUGUGCUGCUGUACAACCAGGGUGAGAAGAAGGAUGCCCUGGCCCAGUAUCAGGAGAUGGAAAAGAAAGUUAACUUUCUCAAGGAUAAUAGCUCUCUGGAAUUUGAUCCUGAGAUGGUGGAGAUGGCUCAGAAGUUGGGAGCUGCUCUCCAGGUAGGGGAGGCACUGGUCUGGACUAAACCAGUUAAAGAUCCCAAAUCGAAGCACCGAAUCAGUUCAACUGGAAAACCUGCUGGUUUCCAACAGCCUCUGGGCUCCAAUCAAGCUCUUGGACAGGCAAUGUCUUCAGCAGUUGCAUAUAGGAAGCUCCCUUCAGGUGUUGGUGGAACAUCCCAGCUCACAAAGCCACCAUCUCUUCCUCUGGAGCCAGAGCCCAUUGUGGAAACAUCAGAGCAAACAAGAGAAAAAUAGGAGCAGGAUGACCCUGGAGUAGGGGUUUCUGGGUGAGGAGGUACUGGACCAAGGAAUGUUAUAUGAUCAGGCAUCGUGGAGGCCAGCACUAUUCCCUGUGAGCACCACUGAAUUAGAACACAGGGUAUUACCAUGCUCACGAGGAACCUAAGGCCUGUGCAGCCCUUUAUUGGCCCGAUCCACCAGGACAUGAGGAAAAGACAGUCUAGUAGAUUAAGAUUUGGAGCAAGGCGUCGGCUGUAUGUGAAACUUAAGAGCUAGCAAGGCACACGAGCUGUUUGGUUUUAAAAGAACUUUUAUCUCCUGGUUGAUUCUCCACUUCCUUCAUGCAAGGAAAGGCUGAGAGACCUCUGUGUAGUAGCUCUGUGAUACUGAAGCCAUGGCUUAACUGGGAUGAUCUUCAGACUGUGGGGUAAUCCAUCUGCAAGGCAAACAUAAAUCUUGGAUUGAUAAUAUAGUUUUUUCACAGUCUGAAAGAAAUGAUGAAAAAAAAUGCUAAGUUGAGGCCAGACUGGUAAGUAUCCAGCUGCAUUUGCCCAAAGGGAAUUCAAUAAGUCCCUGUAUUUGGUUCUUGCAAGAGGUCAGAGUCUAGAACCAGAUCAUGUCAGAACUAGGAGCCAUGAGCUGGUCCGGUAUCAGGACCAAGGAUUUUUUAAAAAGGGAAAAACUUCUUAGCUGAUAAAUUUUAGUAUAAGACGAUCAAUGAGAAUAACCACUAACCAGAUGCUAUCAAUAUAUUAUCUAUAUGUCCUUUAUAAGAUUAUGUAUCAUUAUUCCUUUGGGGAAAGUUGUAACUCAGGUGUAAAAAUAAGAGAUCACAUUAAAAUGUUUAAAAAACUA